UAUCAAUUACACAAAGACAUGCAUCUCAGUAUCUGUAUUACUAAUUAGUAACCAUGGACUUUGAGACACUUCAGUUAUGGCACCGAAACACGGAGAAAGAUAAUAGUCAUAGAAUAAGGUAUAUCUCUUCAUUUAUAUUUCAUUCUGAGUGUUAGUUGUGUUGUAUUGAAGAAGAGUUUUAGCUUUUUGAGAGAAAUAUGAGAGCGGGCUGUGAAAAGCGCCUGGUGUUGAUCCUCGCGACAAUAACCGCUUCGGGUAUAAUUUCGCUACGGAAUCUCCUGGAUCAUAAUGUCGUAAUUUCCCGCUAUCAACGUAAACAAGAAAGCUUACAGAAGUGCUCCUACUCUAUGGUCGAGACCAUGAACCAUAUGUCAAGUUGGAAAUCACAUCAAAAUGUUUCUGGAAUCAUUGAAGCUCGACAAACUGUGAUAGAAAAUUCAAAUAUGACUAAACUCUUAACGUCUGCUUCCAAACCUGCAAAAGGGCUAUAUUUACAGGAACCCAUAGAUAAACACCUUUUCAGGUACAUCCAUAAUCCAGAGAUGACGUGUUUUCACGAUAAUUGCAUGAAAAUGGAUGUGCAUGUCGUAUUCUUUGUUCCGUCAGCACUAGGAAAUUUUGACCGUCGUGAAGCCAUUCGUAGGUCCUACGGUAAAAGAGACACGUGGCCAGUUAUCGCUGGUGGUGGUAAAAUGGUGACGGUGUUCAUGCUGGGCUCUACAAGCGAUGCGGGACUUCAAGACAAGGUUGACAUCGAGUCCAAUAAAUACGGCGACAUCGUGCAAGAAUCUUUUGUCGAUUCUUACCUGAACCUGACUAGAAAGACGAUCAUGGGUCUGAAAUGGGUCAAGAGCUACUGCAGACACGCGGAGUUUGCCAUGAAGAUCGACGAUGACACUUCAAUCAUCCAACGCCGCAUUAUACCAAUCCUCCGCGGUGCACCCCGCAUCAGAUACAUGUUGGGGUAUGUCUUCAAGAACCCGAUUGUCAUGCGUCAGAAAAAGCAUAAAUUCUACAUGUCCAAGGCGUUUUACCCCAAUGCUUCCUUUCCGACUUACUCUAUCGGCGCUGGGUAUAUAAUGUCAACGGACGUGGUCGAAGCAGUGUUCAACGUCGCUAUCACCAUUCCCAUCUUCCCGUGGGAGGACGUCUUCGUUGGCAUGUGCCUUCAGAAGCUCGACAUCGAGCCCAAUCACGAUGAAUCAUUCCUCUUUCGGGAAUCUUACAUAAAUCUUCUAACUGUCAAAAGCGCUAAGAGCGCAGAAAAGUACGUCAUAGCAACAGACAUUCCCCCCAAAAGAAUGGUUUUUUUCUACGAGAGAUUCAGAAUAAAGGGGUCGUGAAGUAGUGACAUCAUAUAUUAUUGGACAACAUAUUAACUGCA